ACAAGCAAUGUCAAUGGAUCAACAAGGAGACACUCAAAUACCCAAAUGGAUCAGCGCAUACCUCUUUGAGGAUUUGUUAAAGAACCAAGUAAAGGAUUAUUCAAAAAUAAAGAGUUUCAGCUCGAAAGCAGCUUUGGCUCCUGGUGAAAAUUUUGCUACAAUAAUGCUACGAAUUACCAUCGAAGUCCUACUAAAUGGUGGCAAAACCAAAACCAUUUCAUACAUGCUAAAGUUACCCCAUCAGACUGAGAUCUUUGAAAAAAUGAAUGAAAAGUUAAAUAUGUUUGAUAUUGAACGUAAUGCAUAUCAUAAUAUUAUUCCUGAACUGGAGGAGCUAUAUAAGACUGUGGGUUUGGAUGUGACCUUCGGUGCCAAAUGUUUUGAAUUCAAGGGUGUCAAGAGUGACUAUCUACUGCUGGAGGAUCUGCAACCCAGAGGCUUUAAAAACACUAAUCGCCUUGAUGGGUUGAAUCAAGAGCAUGUCAAAAGAGUUCUUCACAAAUUGGCUCAAUGGCAUGCUGCUUCAGCUGUUCGAGUUUCGACCAAGGGUCCAUAUGAAGUGAACAUGACAUGUGGCUACUUGAAAGAGGAGAAUCGAGAAAUGAUGAUGGCCAUGGGUAAAGAGUUUUCAAAAAACUUUGUCCAAUGCUGUGCCACAUAUGAUGGAAAUGAAGCCUAUAUAGACGAUGUUAAAGCUCUUCAGGACAAAAUGGUUUCAGAAAUGUUCAAUAUGGCCAAAUUGGAUACGGAAGAGUUCAAUGUCUUGAAUCAUGGUGAUUUGUGGUCUAACAAUAUUAUGUUUAAAUACGACGCCUUUGAUCAAAUUAAGGAAGUUUACUUUGUGGACUAUCAACUGCCGCGUUAUGGUUCAGUGGCCCAAGAUCUAUAUUAUUUUUUGUUGUCAUCGACCAAAUUGGAGGACAAAUUGGAUAAAUUCAAUGAAUAUAUCAAGUACUAUCAUGAUAACUUGGUGGAACAUCUAAAGUUGCUGAAUUAUUCGGGCAAAAUCCCUAAAUUACAAGAUAUUCAUUUAAGCCUAAUUAAGCGUGGCAUGUGGGGUUACAAUGCGGCCACUGGAGUUAUGAGUGUUGUUCUAUUGGAUCCCAACAAAUCGGCUAAUCUUGAUACAUUUUUCGGUGAUUCAAAAGAUGCAGCAGCAUCUAUUCAAACUUUAUCAUAUUCGAAUGCACGUUAUCGAAAGCAUAUUCAAAAAGUUUUGCCCUGGUUACACAAUCGUGGAGCUAUGGAAACUAAUUAAAUA